AUGGCUAAUGAUGAAGCCAGCGUUGCUCACAAACUUUUCUUUGGGAAGUUUCCGAGUCCAAAUAGCAAUGCUCGAGGAAUUUUAACACCCAUUUUGAAAUUUAUAAAUAACUUUUCUGUUAAUAGACGUCCCUGUUUCGUUACAAGUCUUGUUGAAGAAAUUGUGAUAGUCGAAAAUGAAAUGGAAAAUUUCACACUAAAUAAGUUAAAGAUGUUUUUACACACGAAAAUACUUAUUCUGCUUAUAAAAGAAUGCUUGAUAAUCUGUUUCUCAGCUGCAGCACUUAAUUAUGUCAGCAUUCAUUGGCACCGAUAUAGAGUUGAAGAGUUUCUCAGUAGAUUGAAUAUUGUCAGUGAUGGAAUAAUCGGAUUGGAGUUGAAGUACAAAAGAAAGUUUAGAGAUGAAAUAGAUGUUUUUGAAAGCCAUGAUCAAAGAGAAUUUAUUUGA